CGCGCCGUGGCCCCGGCAACGCCGAGCUCAGCCACAGCCCUCACCCGAGCCCGCCGGCCCGCGGACAGCCGGACCAUGAUUGCCGGGGCACCUGGCCCGCGUGCCCGGUCGCACGGCUCCCUGCGCGGGGUCUGGGCGGCAGCGCUUCUCCUGCUGGGUCUGCCGCGCCUCUCCGUGCGGGCGGACGGGAAGCUCUUUGUGCUGGAGUCUCAGAAUGGCUCUCAGGGUCUGGAACUGGAGGCGGCUCAGCUGUCCUGCAAGAGCAGGGGUGCUCACCUGGUGUCUGCAGACGAGCUGCGGAGGGUGGUCCGGGACUGUACCUUCACGGCGUGCACCACAGGCUGGCUGGCGGACGGCACCCUCGGGACAACCGUGUGUAGCCAAGGCAGUGGUGAACAGCAAAUCGUGAGAGCUGUUGAUGUGAGGAUUGAGAGCAACCCAGUUCCUGGGGGCACGUACAAUGCCCUUUGUAUUAAGGAUGAAGAGAAGCCAUGCGGAGACCCGCCUUCGUUCCCCCACACCAUCCUGCAGGGCCGCACCGGCUUGGAGAUGGGGGACGAGGUGCUGUACGUGUGUGCCCCCGGCCACAUCACGGGCCAUCGGGAGACCGCCUUCACCCUGCUCUGUAACAGCUGUGGGGAGUGGUACGGGCUGGUGCAGGCCUGCGGGAGAGACGAGGCUGAGGCACAUAUUGACUAUGAAGAUAAUUUUCCUGAUGACAGGUCUGUGUCAUUCAGAGAGCUCAUGGAGGACUCCCGGACAGAGGCAGAAGAGGACAGGGGUCAGGAAGAAGCCUCUGAGGAGGCUCCAAAACAGGACAGUCCGGUCUCCAUUAACGUGGGGAAAGAAAACAUAGCCCGGGAUAAAGCCUCCUUGCCAACCGCAGGUUUGCCCAGUGCUGGGAGCAACGUCCCCACAGACUUGCCAGGAUCUCGACCACACCAGAAGUACUUGUUCUGGUUUCCUGCUGAGACUUUCCACAAGCCUGAGCUGGAAAAGGAGGUGGACGACCAUCCCAAAAAGCGGUUUCCUGCUGGAGACAACCACAGUAGUGUGAAAUUUGUCCCAGGUAAACCCGAAAGCAAGCUGAUCUAUGGCAGCACGGACAGCCCCUCGGGGCCAUUUCCGGGCAGGAAUGACAGCAAGGCGGGGGACCCAGUGGUGAGCAGCAGCGAUGGGUCCUGGUUGGACGGCUACCCUGUGACAGAUGGGGCUUGGAGGAAGACGGAGGCAGAAGAGGAGGAAGAUGGAGACAAGGGGGCUGGGUCAGUAGGACUGGAUGAAAGUGUUCUAGUCACCCCUGAUCAACCCUUUCUUGUGGAAAUUAAGAAGCCCAGGAGUACCACCCUCAUACCACGUGAGGACAUGACCCAUAGUUCAGUUCUUCCAUCUCAGAUGCUGGAUGUGGAGGCUUUGGCUCUCAGACCCAUGAAUGUGUCUGAGCCCGAGGGCCCCCACGAUGGGAAUGGUGACUUGACCAAGUACCAGUCAACCGUGCUGUGGAGAUUCACCGCAGAGAAGUCUCCCAUGUCCACCCUGCCCUACGAACUCACCACCUCUACGCUGGAGACACUGACAACUGCUGUCCAGCAGAUGCCCAGCGACAUCCCCUCAACAGUCAUGGUGGCCACCCAGCCUCCAGGGCAGACGACUGCUCCUGAGGUCCAGGAUAGCUUCCCAUACCUGCUGUCUGAAGACUUCUUGGGACAGGAAGGCGCGGGGCCAGGUGCAAGUGAGGAGCGUCUUCCAACCUUGGAGCCAUGUGUGGGCGGCGAAUGUCCCAGUCUCAGUAGAGGCCCCAUGAUCGCCACCGUCGUCACCGUCCUUUGCCUGCUGCUGCUCCUAGCAGGUGUCGGGGCGGUGUGGGGCUACCGCAGGUGCCAGCACAAGGGCUCCGUGUACAAGCUGAACGUCGGCCAGCGGCAGGCUCGGCACUACCACCAGCAGAUCGAGAUGGAGAAGGUCUAGCCUCCUUCAGAGUGGGCCGUCCCAAAGCCACAUGGAAGGAAAGUUAAUGGUGACACAUCACACCGAUAAACACUGAUCAUUCACGAGAGCAUGACACAGGUAGAGUGGAGCUCACCAUUUGUUUUUCCCCUCAGCUCUUUGUUUUAUAGGCUGAGAAGUGUCUCUGGAGCACCUGGCAGGGCAGGCUUUGGUGGCAUCAUUUCACACAUCAGUAUCUCCUCAACCAUCUGCCCUGGAAUCGAUUGCACUACCCCAGACCCGUGCAUGGGCCCCAAUUCCAAUGUGAGGUCAAAAUUCACCUCUUCCUCAUACUCUCGUCUUCUUUCCCCUUUCUAAAAAAAAUAAAAUCAUCAGCUUCAUACCCUGAGAUUGUUUAACUAGGUGUGAUAAGCUGGGCGUUUGAGAGCAGUGUUAUUUAGGACGUAGGCAUUUAAUUGUUGAGAGUGGGACAUGGAAGGAUCAUGGGUUAUUUCCUUUUAACGAUGUGAUGUUGCUGAGGGCAAAGGAACCAAGAACCGGGACACGGUCUCUAGACCAGGCGUCCUCAAACUACGGCCCUCCGGCCACAUGCGGGCCGCCUAGCACAUUUAUCCG